CGUCUAGCUGCGGGCUCUGGACGCCGAGGUCUCAAAGUGUUUCUGCACGGCCUCCGGCGUGAGGCCGCGGUAGAGCCGUGCUUUGGUCUCCGGAGCCCAGCCGCCGCUCUCUGUGGGAAGGGGCGCACCCAGCCGGGGGUCUUACUUUAGCGUGAGGUUUCAAUUUUGGCGUAACACUCAGCAGGCUUCAUAGAAGCGCUUUAUCUUGCAGUGAUGAUGAAAGAAUCCUAACUGACUAAAUUCCAACAGCUAUCUUAAGGCCCUCUUCCUCCCCAAAGGCCUUCCUUGCCACAAGCACCAGGGCCCUGCCAUGGCUUCCCAGGAGAAGAUGGAGGCAGUGACCAAAGGAUCGGGGCUCUGGAGCUGCCCCAAGCCAGCCACUUACACCCCUGGGACCUGUGAGCUCCUGAGAGUAAUGAUGAAGGAAUCCAGACUGACUAAAUUCCAACAGCGCCACAUCAUGGACACCAUGAAAAGAGGAGACAUUCUGCCCCUACAGUGCAGCCCAACAUCCAGCCAGAGGGUCUUGCCUUCCAAGCAGCCAGCCUCGCCCAUCUACCUGCCUCCCAUCCUGGAGGCCCGAUCCCACCUCCGGCCUGCCAGCAUGUGCCAGGCCAACGGGGCCUACUGCCGGGAGCAGUUCAAGCCUCGAGCCACCCGUGAUCUGGAGAAGGAGAAGCAAAGACUCCAAAAUAUCUUUGCCACAGGGAAGGACAAAAAGGAACGGGAAAAAAAGCCCCCUCCUGUGCCACAGGAGGACCCAGCCCCCGAGCUGGACCGGUUCGAAGAACUGGUGAAGGAGAUCCGGGAGAGGAAAGACUUCCUGGCGGACAUGGAGGCCCUGGGACAGGGCAGACAGUACCGAGGGAUCAUGCUUACUGAAAUCUCCCAGAAACUACGGGAAAUGGAAGACAUUGACCACAAGAGGACUGAGGAACUUAGGAAGGCACUUGCCACCACUUAAUCUGUCUCCAGAAAUGGGGCAGAGUAUCCGAUCCUUGACUGCUGGAGCCCACCCCCUUACCAAGCAGGGUCACCCCCAGGUCAGCCCACCCAUCCUGGCCUUCCGCCAUGUCCAACGGUCAUACAACACUGCCCUGGCCUCAGGUACCCUGGGCAUGUACAGCACCCUAGAAAAUGGACAUCAGAGAAUGAGCCCGUUCUCCUCAAGACUGUGCCCAGGGAUCCACCGUCACUGAUUUGCACACACGACUUCGAGUCUUUUCUUGGGGAAAGAACCCCAGGUGCAGUGAAAGUGAGGUCCGAGUCUCACCACCUGGGGCGACUAAGAGCAUCCAAUGGGCCCUCGUCUCACCAUCUCCACCCACUGUGUGCGCCCACAUUGAGUUUUCUGAACUUAGGAAUGAAUGUGAUUCUUUUCUUCCUACCUGUCUUAGGACCGACUUAUUUGACUUCUUAUAGCCUAAGGCAAAUGUUUAACUGCUACGAUUAAUUGGCUAAUAAAACAUAUUUACAUAAGUCAUUACACAUACCGUUUUGUUUUCAGAGGGAUAAGGCUGAUUUGUUCAAGGAAUUAGAAUUUUUCAAGCACAGAUGGUUUCUAGCUGUUUGCAUAUUUCAAGUGGAAAAGGAAACCAAUGCCUCUUGAGCACCCCAUGGCCGGGCACUGUGGCAGGUGCUGAAUUUCACUCUCAGUUCAUUCUCUCAAUAAACCCCUGCAAUGGUUCAUUUAUCCCUGUCUGUGUGAAAACUAAGGCUCACGAAGAUACUGUAACCAAGGUCAUUUCACAGCAGGUAGCCUACUGAAGAUUAAGUUAGCUUUAUGUCUUUCCACUAAACCAGGACCACAUGAGAAGAAACCCAAAGGGGCGGGAGGAACCAGAGAGCCCCAGUUUUGGAGUUCCGAUGCAGCCUGUGCUCCACGACCUUGGGCAACCCCCCAGCCUCAGCGCCGAUUGCUCUUCUGGGAGGCCCGGCACAGGGCACAUGGCAGUCCCCAGAUCUGACAACCAUGAGCUCUACAUUCUCUGGUACCCUUGUCAUUUUCCCAUCCCCAUAUAUCAAAAUAUUUUGGAAAUGUCAACCAACCCUCCCACCUGGAGGGAUUCACAUAAUCCUACAGGCCACGUGACCCAAGUUCUGGUUUGCAGGAUAAACACCACCUGUAGCCUCAAACAGAUAAGCGGCAAAGGUCAGACCAAGGGCUGGCCCCAGAACAUUCCAUGCGAAGCCUGUGUCCUUACGCUCCAGACCUGAGGGUGGACGGUAUGUCAUGAGGAUAGCUGUCCUCCACCUGGAAGGCUCAACCACGUGGCUCAAAGGCAGCAGACUGGAGAAUCCCAGGCUAAAUUCAGCCUACCCUUGAUUUCUAUUCAGAUUAGUUGCCAACAUUUACAAAUUACACACACACACACACACACACACACAAUCUGGAUUUCUAGCUUCUUUUGAAAAAUGGACAGAUCUGACAACACUUGGUCACAUUCCCACAGGCUACAGUUGACCUAAGGAAGAAGUUCCCUCUUUAGUUGCGGCAUAGACGCCCCGGUUCACCCCAGUCCCCACCACCUGAGUCUCCUGACACCGAGACGGCCUGAUGGAGCCCUCCCUCAGCUUACAACCAGCCCGGGUCACGUGUCCUGGCCCAGGGAAGGCCCUGGAGGUGGUGACCCCGCAGAUCCACAGGCACGUUUGGAAGGAGACCGCCAGGGGUGACACGGGUGCAGGAGCCACCUCCCCCUGCAGAGGUGGGGAGUCCUGCCCGACAGCGGGCAG